UGUCAGGUCUGUAUGGGAUACUCAGGUACUAUACAGGAUACAGAGAAACAUGAAGGGAUUCAAGGAUCUUGCAAAUCCAGAAACUAAGAGUUAUUUUAUACAGAAAUCUUUGUGAGACCAUUGUGCAAACAAGGUGAUGAUUGUACAGAGAGUGGUAUUGAAUUCCCGACCUGGAAAAAAUGGUAAUCCAGUGGCAGAAAAUUUUCGAAUGGAAGAAGUAAAUUUACCAGAUAAUAUCUGUGAAGGACAGGUAAAAGCCAGAACUCUUUAUCUUUCUGUGGAUCCUUAUAUGCGUUGUAGAAUGAAUGAAGACACUGGCUCUGAUUAUCUAACACCUUGGCAGCUGUCUCAAGUGACUGAUGGUGGAGGUAUUGGGAUUAUAGAAGAAAGCAAACAUAAAAAUUUUACUAAAGGCGAUUUUGUGACUAAUUUCUGUUGGCCCUGGCAAACCAAGGUUAUUCUGGAUGGAAAUAUUCUUGAAAAGGUAGACCCAAAGCUUGUGGAUGGACAUCUUUCAUACUUUCUUGGAGCUAUAGGUAUGCCUGGCUUGACUUCCUUGCUUGGAAUACAGGAAAAAGGCCAUAUAACUGCUGGAUCUAAUCAGACAAUGGUUAUUAGUGGGGCUGCUGGUGCUUGUGGAUCCUUGGCUGGGCAGAUUGGCCAUUUGCUGGGCUGUUCCAGAGUGGUGGGAAUUUGUGGAACACAUGAAAAGUGCCUCUUUUUGACGUCAGAACUGGGCUUUGAUGGUGCAGUUAAUUAUAAAAGAGGAAAUGUGGCAGAACAACUUCGUGAAUUAUGCCCAGCUGGAGUGGAUGUUUACUUUGACAAUGUUGGUGGUGACAUCAGUGAUAAAGUGAUAAGUCAGAUGAAUCAAAACAGCCACAUCAUCCUAUGUGGUCAAAUUUCUCAGUACAACAAAGAUGUGCCUUAUCCUCCUCCACUACCCCCUGCUGUGGAGGCAAUCCUGAAGGAAAGAAACAUCACAAGAGAAAGAUUUCUGGUUUUAAAUUAUAAGGACAAAUUUGAACCUGGUAUUCUACAGUUGAGUCAAUGGUUUAAAGAUGGAAAGCUAAAGAUCAAAGAGACUGUGAUAAAUGGAUUGGAAAACAUGGGUGCUGCAUUCCAGUCAAUGAUGACAGGAGGUAACACUGGAAAGCAAAUAGUUUGCAUUUCAGAAGACACCUCUUUGUGAUCUCCAUAAAGGUCUUGAUUAAGGAAUAGAUUUCUAUUUUGCACAAAGAUUUUCAAGAUACAUUUAAAAACCUUAAAGAUAACCUGUGAUUUAAGUGUGUUCAUAGGUGAUAUUUCUUAGCUGUAUAACAAUUCUCUCCUAUAUAUUCAACAUGUGUACUUUAUAUCCAACAUUUUAUAUAUAAUAAUAGAUUUAAGUCAGAAUGUUUUCCUUUCUUUUGCUAAAACUAAUAUUACUUAUAUUUUUAUUAGAUCUUCACCCUGGAGAUUUGGUACAUCUAUUAAUGGAUCAUACAAAAUUUAUUAAAACUAAAAUCUUUUAUUGAAAAUAGAAAGGCACUGAGUAAAUAUUUGUUGGACUGGAAAGGCUUUAGAUAAUUCCUGAACUGAAACUUAGUAAAAGGAUAGAAUUGAGUUGGUCUUUUCAUACUGUAAAUGUAAGAGAGACUUAAUUGCCGGUUAUAAGUGUAGGGGACCAUAGCUUCCAGAACAGUUCGUGGGGAUAGAGCAGAGACUUUGUUGUUGGGAGUAGCAUGAGAAGACAAAUUUAACUGAGGUUGGGUAGGUUGAUGGAGAGAAUAGAUUUACUACAGACGAUUGAUUUGAUUUUGCCAGACAGCUUGCUGUAGCGCCUAAAAACUCAUAUUGAUAAAAGCAUAUGUUUAUUUUAGAUUAGCAGGCGUACUGUCAAAUAGUUGUAAAGAUUUCAAGUGGUAAAUACUUGGAGUUUUAGGUGAUUGAAAAGAUGGAGACAGCAAAGACAGCGUCAAAAAAAGACAGACUGGGCAAAUUAACAAAUGGUUGUAAACAUGAAUAUUCGAGAUCGAGUAAUGUACCUCUAAAUAAGAGUUUGUUUAAUUCAUUGUAAUUAACACUUUAAAACAAUAAAAAAUGACAUUUUUCUGAGUGUUGUGCUGGUUUAUGGG